AACGAAACUGCGACGAAAUGUCGAAACCUCCGGAUCCGAAAUUUUUGUUGCGUGGUGACAUGAAUGAAAAUAUCCACAGUUUGUUAUUCUCAAUUAAUUCUAAUGUGGAGCAUCUCUAUGCUGGUGAUGGAAAAGGCACAGUACACAUUUGGGACUUAGAAACAAACAGAAUAAAAAGUCAAUUAUCAGAUGGAUGUAGUCCAUGUUUUAAUUUACAUACAACCAAUGAGUUUGACUUAAUAGUACAACGAAGACACGGAGUGAUUGAUAUUUAUAAAAUGAAUGAAUCAAACUGGAUACUAGAUAAAAGUAGCAAUUAUGGAUAUUGUAGUUUUUGCAGAUCUCAAUUGUUACCUAAAAAGGAUGCAGUAUUGAUUCCACUUGACAAUUCUGCAGUAGGGAUAUUAUCAUUGAAGACAUUCAAGGUGGAAUCAACAUUAGAUCCAUCCAAAUUGCCCUAUAGUAGUAAAUUAGGUACAGUAAUGGCGAUAAAAUCGCUAGAAGAUAUGAUUGAUUUGGUUCUAGUUGUUUAUGAAGGUGGCCAAUUAUUAUUAUGGGACACGAGAGAGAAUCAAGUUCUCAGUUCUCUUACUGUAGAGCAAUAUCCAAUGACUCUUGAUUUUGACGCUUCCUUGAUGCAAGGUAUUCUUGGUAGUGCGUCAGAGAAAUUAGAGAUUUUCCAAAUGUCAUCAAAUCACACGUUAUUGCACAAAUCUACAAAAGACUUGGCACAUGUUUCCGGCAUAUCCGUUCUUUCUAUACGACCAGAUAAGAAGAUUGUUGCAGCCGGCUGCUGGGAUGGGCGUAUUAUGCUAUUCUCGUGGAAGAAAUUGCGGCCACUUGCAAUAUUAAAAGAACAUAGAGCAAAUGUAUACGAUAUCGUUUAUUCGCAAUGUAAAGUCGAGGCUUAUGAUACCAAAUGUUUAAUGGCAGCAACUGGCAAAGAUGGCUAUAUUUCUAUGUGGGAUAUAUAUAAUUAGAAACCGGAAAUGUACAUACAUUUUUAUAAGAUAGAGAAUAUAAAAAUAUU